GAAUGCUACGUUCUCGGACAUGCAGUUGCAACCGGGUUCCCGGGUGGUCUUCAAGGCCCCUGGUUGGCACCUCUUGUCAAGUUGGCUCGCUGCCUCUAUCAUUGAAUAAUCAGAGACGCAGCUGCACGUUUGGGGCACUCGUCCUGAGGAAACCGCUCACUACGAGCUAUUCAAGCCGACCUAAACCUGCGCUGCAAGCGCACAGCACGGGCGGUAUGGCGUCUCGAGCUUCCUCACAAUGCUGUGCUGAGUUGGCAAUGGAUUGCGGCUUCCGUCAACCAGCCGGGUAGCGUCAAUUGAAUUUCUUUGCGCGCAGGACCCUGGAAACUGGACCAGAUGGCUUCGGAGCUCGCAGUCAAGUGUAAAACUUCCGAUGGUUCCGUAUGGGACAUCAAACGCCCAGACGGCAGUAGCGACCUUUACCUCGACGCUGGCAUGGCUGUGGCAAGCAUCCAGGCGUGGGCGAACCUGCGCUGCCGGAGAUUCGGUUUGAACGUCGUGAGCGCGUUGCCGACCCUGUGGAUAUCAGGGCUAGCCAAGGCCGGCAAGUCCUACACGCUGCACGAGGUGGUGCCGGCGGUGCUGGCCGCGACGCUGCGUCAGCAGGCGCCGGGCCACCCCCUGCAGGGCAUGGCGGUGCUGCGGCUGAACGGGCUGGAGCUGCUGCAGCGCCAGGCUGGCGCCACCGGACUCCUGUACGACAUGCUGCAUGCGGUGGCGGAUUGGGCGACACGGGCGGAGGUGCCGGUGGCGGAGUACACACGCAGCUGGGUGCGCCAGGUCCUGGACAGCGGCCCGGACGCGCCGGGCGCGCAGACGCGGGCGGGCAGGGCCGUGGUGGAGAUGUUUGAGAGCGGCUUCCAGGCGCCCGUGCUCGUGCUGCUGGACGAGGUACAGGCCCUGCUGCGGCCCACGGACGCGCGCGGCGAGCUGGACGCCUCGGGCGCGGCCUUCAUUCGCGACGGCGUGCUGCGCCCCAUCCUGCUGGGCAGCGCUGACCACGUGCUGGUGGCGGCCACUGGCGGCGGCGGCAUGGCGGCAGCCUGGGUGGCGCUGGCGGCCAUGCCCGUCAACGGCACCGCGCCACUGAUGCAGAUCUGGCCGCUGCACCUGCCGUCGGCGUUCCCGCCAGCCCUGAUGCAGCAGCUGCUGCUGCCGGACCACGGCGGCGGCAGGGCGCAGCGGCCCAUGCGGGAUGGGGUGCAGCAGCAGCAGCAGCUGAGUGAGAUGACCCAGCAGGGCACCAUCACAGCAUCAGGCGCCGGUGGUGGUGGCGGCGCUGACAUGCUGCUGGAGCAGCGGCGGCGGCUGCUGGAGCGGAGCGAGGGCUCGCCGGCACUGUUCGCGAUGAUGCUGGAGCAGUGGUGGGCAUGCGCCUCGGAGCCCGCCGUCGAGGCCGCGCGCGUGGACGUGCACGUGGACGUGGAGGCGUUUGUGUCCGAGUUCAUGCGGACCAAGAUGCUGGAGGAGGUCGUGAAGGAUUGGAGGCUGGGCCUGGCAGGUCUGACGGAGGCGCAGCGCGGCGAGGUGCUGCGCCUGCUGGCGGCCCCGGCGGCGCUGGGGGCGGGGGAGGACGACCUGCGGGGCUGGGGCUUGUGGCACUUCCUGCGGCCGUACCUGCGGCCGACCCGUACCCAGCAGCAGGCGGGCCGCUACCACCUGGCGGACGCCAGACAGCGACAGGCCCUGAGGGCGGCCCUCGACCCCCAUGGCAGCAGCCAGCUGCUGCCGCCGCCGCGCGCCAACUACCACAGCCAGAGCCACAGCCACAUCCAUGUGCUGCAGGCCGCCACAUGCCACAACGCGCUGGCGCACCACCAGACCAGGGGCGGGCCGGCGGUGGAAGGGCCGCCGGCUCGGCGGCACUGCUGGGUGUGGUGGUGCUGGCGCUGCCGCGCCGCUGCUGCUGUUGGGCACACGGUACAGGCCGCCUGUGGGGGCCAGCUGGCGGAGGCCGCCGCUGUGCGCUGCGGCAGGCAGGCAGAGGGGCGGCCGGCCCCCUGGUGGUCGGCCCCCUGCUGGGCGGUCGGCCCGCUGCUGGCGCCCGCCGCCGUCAAGUAGGGCGAGGCCAAGGCCGCCGCGGCACAGCCGUACGGAGAGGGCGGACUUGGGCAGCAGGGUGUGGGCGGUGGGCGGUGGGCGGCCUCAGCGCCGGCAGUGGCCUCAGCGCCGGUGGCGACGGCAGUGGCGGCGGCGGCGGCGACUUGUCCGGCUGCUGAGGCAUUGUUAUGUUUUGGUGGCCCACAUUUCGGUCCCAGGUUUGUGGGCAAAAGUGCAGCCGUCCGUGCCUGAGGCCAAUUGCCAACAGGACAACUGUUCUCGUCUGUAGUUGCAGUUGUCCAAGCACAUGUACUUGUGGAGAAGCUGGAUGUGGGAGAAUGGCUCAUUGAACUGGUGUCGGUCGCAUGCUUUGGCGGGCUGAGUCGGGGGGGGGGGAGGUGAAGCCCCACAGGAACACCCUGUCGAUCGCGGGUGCAAACUCGAUACGGUACCGGUACUGGUGCAAACCGCGAGUGCCACACGCCGGCGGCGGCGCAGGGCCUGGCGGCGGCGGCGGUGCAGGCGGCGCAGGCCUGGCGAAUGCGGCGGCUGCGCAGGACCUGGGCCCAGCAGUUGCGGCGUGCAUGUGCGCAGAAGAAGGGCCACGUGGAGGUGCUGGGUAGCAGCGCGCGCGGUGCGUGUUGCCCGAGAAGUGGAGGCCUGCCGAUGUCGGGUUUGCGGUCUUUGCUGGCGAGAGUAGCAUGGAGCGGUGUGUGGUAGGCCGCAGCAGUGAGGAGUGCUGUGGCUAGGGGAUUUCCUGCUGUUUGGUUGAUGGCUGGCUGAGUGGCUGUGCUUGUGCUUGGCAGCGGGACGUGGCUGGACACAUUAUGGUGGGCCGUGCCUGUAAGAACCGACCCCG